UAAAAAACCCCUCCUUCUCCUGAAAAAGAAAGCACAACAAAACAAAUACAAAAACAAAAAAAAAUACAAAAAAACCAGAGAAUCCAAAUUAACAAGACAGCAAUCGCCAGUUUGUUUCUUGUCUAGAAAACGCGAUGCAAUUGAUGCACCAGAGAAUCCUAAUAAUAUCUAUCAUUCUUCCUCUCUUGCUAUUAUUAUUUGAAAUUACAAUGACAAAACCCCACCCAACGUCGCCGCCCGACCUUCCAUGCAAGGUCCGCCUCUUACUCUCCCUCCUCACCACCGUCCUCAACACCGUCCGCCGCUCCAAUGGCACCAUCAACCGCCGUCUCAUUAGCCUAUUCGACCUCAAAGCCUCUCCGUCAAGCAAACCCAACAACCACGUCAAAACCUGUGACGUGAUGGUGGACCCCACUCGCAACCUCUGGUUUCGCCUCUACAUUCCCUCCGCCGCCAUCACCACCACCACGACCAGCCCCUCCGCCAAGCUCCCGCUUAUAAUCUACUUUCACGGCGGUGGCUUCGCAUUAUUUUCUGCUAACUCAAAACCCUACGAUGACCUUUGCAAACGGCUCUCCGCAGAGCUCCCCGCCGUGGUCGUCUCCGUCAACUACCGCCUCGCUCCGGAGCAUAUUUAUCCCUCCCAAUACGAGGACGGCUUCGACGUGCUGAAAUUCAUCGACCAAACAACAAUUGACGGGUUUGAUCUCAACAACGUUGACAUCACCCGGUGUUUCCUCGCCGGAGACAGCGCAGGUGGCAACCUGGCCCACCACGUGGCCAUCAAGGCGAGCGAUCAUCAUGAGUUUGGCAAGAUGAGGGUUGUAGGACUUAUAGCGAUACAGCCGUUUUUUGGUGGGAAAGAAAGGACUGAAUCGGAGACAAGGCUUUCGAAGGGUUUGGUGCUUUCUUUGGGGCAGACUGACUGGUACUGGAAGACAUUUUUGCCGGAGGGGUCGGAUAGAGACCACGCGGCGGCGAAUGUGUUUGGGCCGGAAUCAAAGGAUGUCUUGGGGGUGAAGUUUCCGGCGACGAUUGUUUUCGUGGGAGGGUUUGAUCUGUUGCAAGACUGGCAAAGGAGAUACUACGAGGGGUUGAAGAAGUCUGGGAAAGAAGCUUACUUGAUUGAGUACCCAAAUUCGUUUCAUGGAUUUUACGCUUUUCCUGAGCUCAAGGAGUCCUCUUUUUUGGUUAAGGAGGUGAGGGAUUUCAUUGAUAAGCUCUGCUAUGCUCCCUCUGGCAUAUCUUUUUAAUUUAGAUUGCUCAAUUUGACCUCUAAACGAACAUAAUGGCUUAAUCAUUUUUGUCUUUGGGUGUCAAACUAAGUAAAUUUUUCUGUCUCUAUGAGUCAGUAUUGUUUCAUAGUCUGUCUUGUUUGAUUCUAUGUAUUCAGUAUUGUUGCAUAGCAAUGAUAAGGUGUUGAUGAUAUCAUUGCCCAUAACAUGUCGAUAAAUAAAACAUUAUCCCAUAGUUGUA